UUUUGUUUUUUUAUUUACCAGCCUCAAUGUGUUAGAAAUAAUUUAGUGGGUGACUUUUGUAAUACACCUUGCCAAAUUCUUCUGAGGUUAGUGAGCCAGUAAGAAUAUUCUAUAGUUCCCAGAAGACACAGACUGCUGGUCAAGAGGGGAAGUUUGCAAACCAGUUGGGUUCCUGCUGUCUGCAUAUAAGGGAAAACCUGAUGGCCCUCAAGUGUCUCUCCCGCAGACAUUGUGCAGAAUGUCUCAUUCACACAGCAUGUGCGUCUCCAUUGGAGCGCUCAUUAUACUCUUUACCUGUUUCGACUGUCUGGUCCUCGGAGAGCUCCACAAGGACUUCUCCAAAUGCCACAAUUUCUUCUAUAAGGGAACGCCACCGAAGGGUGUGAAUGCAGCAGGAUACCAGCCCAUAUGCCAGCGCUUUGAAAACCAGUACCGCUUUGCCAGCUUGUACCACCGUCAGCAUCGCACACCUUUGUAUUCGGCGUAUAUCAUCAGCUCUGCAGAUGGUAAACGUCCCAAUUCCACCUGGAUGUAUGAGCCACAGUUGGCAUUCUCCCACGCCAGUCCUGAAAUGAAACCGUUCAACACUCCAGUGGAUCAGAACGUGUUAGAGAGUCAAGCAGUACUUGAGGAUUACAAGAAUUCCAACUACACCAGGGGCCAUCUCAAUCCCAGCAUGCACCAGAAGACCAGAGAAGACCGUGUGGCCACAUUCACACUGACCAAUGUUGUCCCUCAGCGGGCGGGCUCCAACUCAGGCCCCUGGAAUUCCCUGGAAAAAGGAAUGCUAAAGAAGUUCAAGACCUUCUGUGAGGGUCCGAUGUACGUGAUCACAGGUGCAAUGCCUUAUGCAAAUGGCACUCGCUGGAUCAAUAACAGGGUGUCUGUCCCUGAGUACAUGUGGUCUGCCUACUGCUGCCCGUCGUAUAAGGCCAAGCUCCCUCGGGAUGUGCGGCCACUGUUUCCAACAUUCGCUGCUGUAGGCAGAAACGACCGCAACAGUGGCGAGGAGAUUGUGCCAGUGAACCCCAAAGUGAGAAACUCAUUGCGGGGCUACGAUGUGAGGAAGAUGCCUCUGGACACCCUUGAGGACAUCCUGGCUCAAAGGUUGGCCAUGCCCAUCAGUUUGUUUGAGGGCCAGUGUCAGUAGCCAUCCAUACUGAAAAUGACCAAUUCUGUGGUCACUGUCUUUAAUCAAUAAUUUAAUCAACAUAAUUAUGGUCAAAAUUGCUUAUUCCAAUAUUUACUGAAUGGAACUGAUGCUGAAAGGUACAGUUGUUCAUUUAUAUUGAUUUGAUAAUAAACCUAAACUGCAACGGA